AUGAUUAUACCUACAAUCUUACAGUUACUAUGUGGCAUACUUUCAGUAAGUUCCAUUCUGUACCAGAAACGAUACAAUAGGAUUCACAGGUCUAUUUAUGGCCUAUCUUAUGAUCUUUAUCUAUAUGAUAUACUGGGUCAUCUCAUAUCCCUCUAUUGUUCAAUAAAUUACAAAUAUUCACCUUUGGUAAGACGACAGUUGGCCAAUAGGUAUCCUCUAUUUUAUUCCAAUCCACAUGAUAUCCCAAUAUCUAUCCUACUCUUAUUGAAAGAUAUUUUGAUGGUAUAUUGUGACCUACUUAUAUUCCGUCAAUUGUAUCAUUACAGAACUACAAAACAUAUACAUCAAGGCAUCUCUUCGACAUCCACCGUUCUCAUUAUUAUCUUUCCUGUAUUUACAGUGUUCACUUUUGCAUGUUCAUGUUUGAACCUGCCAAUCGAAGAUUCCGGUAAAUUUGGUAUCUUCUAUUUAGAUCAUAUCAAUUACUUAUGGAUAAUAGGUAAUUUCUUCCUGACUUUCAAAUUUAUCCCUCAAAUAUCUUUAAAUUGGAUGGGAUUAUCAACAACAGGAUUAUCAUCUAAAUUUGUUAUACUUAACACGUUAAGUAAUGUGACAUAUCUACUGAUUUAUUACAUUUUAUCAACAACAAAUCUUUUCUCGGAACAAGAUCUUCCAUUCUGGAAAUGGCCUUUUAAUUUCAAACCAAUAUUUGUUAUCUGCUUCCAAUUGCUAUCAUUAUUAUUCAUCCUUUAUCAAGCCCAAUUCUUAUAUAUACAUUCAAAAAAUUAUUUACCAAAGGGUAAAGGGUCAUCAUCAUUAUUUUAG